UUUGGACGCCAAACGGUUUGUGCGGUGCUGGAAAUGCGUACGAAACCAAAACCAGCCAGUUACGAUCGCGAAAGACGGUAGUGAACGAGUAGUACACAUUUUCUGCUGACGUGGCCAGUGCAACGUGGCAAGAUUGGCGUGUUCAAGAGGAAGUGAGUUCUAUACACUAAAUACGAGGAGUGACUUGACUAAGCCGGUUGAACGACUGAAAAACUCAGUGAAAACCCCUCCACCGAAUCGCAAAUCUUCCCAAAAACCGAAAAUGCUUCUCCUGCAGCUCGCAACGGCAGUCUGUUUGCUGUUCAACUGUGCCGUUUCGGCAAUCCCAAAGCCGGAAGAGAAGCGCGUGCUGGACCAUGAAAUCAUCAACCACGUGCAGCACUUCCAGAACGACGAGCACAACAAACAGUACGACCACGAGGCGUUUCUGGGCGAAGACGCCAAAACCUUUGACCAGCUGGAACCGGACGAGAGCCGCCGGAGACUGGGCGUCAUUGUAGAUAAAAUUGAUACAGAUAAAGAUGGUUUUGUGAACCAGGCUGAGUUGAAGGCGUGGAUACAGUAUACGCAGCGUCGGUACAUCGAAGACGACGUGGGCCGACAAUGGAAGCAGCACAACCCAAAUGGUACCGAGCAGAUCCACUGGGAUUCGUACCGCAAGAACGUGUACGGAUUCCUGGACGAAAUGGACCCCAAAGAUCUGGAGCAAGGUGAUGAGCACUUUUCGUACAAGUCCAUGCUGACGCGGGAUCGUCGUCGGUGGGCCGUUGCCGAUCGGGACCGGGAUGACCAGUUGUCGCGGGAGGAGUUUACCGAGUUUCUUCACCCGGAGGAGAGUCCCUACAUGAGGGAUAUUGUCGUGCAGGAAACGAUUGAGGACAUCGACAAGGAUCAUGAUGGAAAGGUUUCGGUGGACGAGUACAUCGGGGACAUGUACCGAAGCUCUGAGGAUAAUGAGGAUGAGCCGGAGUGGGUGAAGCAUGAGCGGGAGACGUUUAACAACUUCCGUGACAAGGACAAGGACGGUCUGAUGGACCACCAGGAGGUCAAGGACUGGAUCAUCCCGGCCGAUUUCGACCACGCCGAGGCGGAAGCGCGCCACCUGAUCUACGAGGCGGACUCGGACGCCGACGAGAAGCUGACCAAAGAAGAAAUCGUCGAAAAGUACGACCUGUUUGUGGGCUCGCAGGCGACAGAUUUCGGCGAGGCCCUCACGCGCCAUGACGAGUUUUAGGUUUAGGCUUGUGAAUAAAAAACUGUGUAGACUGACAUGGUGAUUAGGGCGUUUAAGCAACUUAAUUUGUCGCUUGCUGAUUGGAUUAAUUUAGAACAAAAUGGAAUACUCUGGAUGAAUGAAGGUUACGCAAAAUUCUAGUAAAUCAAUGCUAUUUAACGGAAUGUCAGUUGAUCCUAUACUUAGUUUACUGAUUUUGAUGUAUUUAUGAUGCUCGAAUUACGCAACUAAAAGUUUAGUUUUAGUUCAGUAUUGCAUUUUCUUGUAAUAAAUAACAUAAUUUAAAAAAAA